CUUUAUAAUCGAGGGAAUUACUAAACGCAACCGGUGACUGUCAAAUUGUUAAGACCACCGAUUUUUCUAAAAGGCGUAUUAAAUUUUACUUUUUUCAGUCAUAAAUAUAGUAGAUUGUUUAAUAAAAUGUUAGCUUUAAUCAAUCGCAUCCUUGAUUGGAUUAAAAGCUUGUUUUGGAAAGAAGAGAUGGAACUGACAUUGGUCGGCCUACAAUAUUCAGGGAAAACAACUUUUGUUAACGUCAUUGCCUCUGGUCAAUUUAGUGAAGACAUGAUUCCGACUGUUGGUUUCAACAUGCGCAAAAUUACAAAAGGCAAUGUCACUAUUAAAGUCUGGGAUAUUGGUGGACAGCCUAGAUUCCGUUCCAUGUGGGAAAGGUAUUGUAGGGGAGUCAACGCUAUAGUCUAUAUGGUUGACGCCGCGGACCCGGAUAAGAUCGAGGCGUCUCGCAACGAGCUGCACAGCCUGCUGGAGAAGCAGCAGCUCACCGGCAUACCCGUGCUGGUGCUGGGCAACAAGCGGGACCUGCCGCACGCACUCGACGAGCACGGCCUCAUCGAGCGCAUGAACCUCUCCGCCAUCCAGGAUCGCGAGAUCUGCUGCUACUCGAUCUCGUGCAAGGAGAAGGACAACAUCGACAUCACGCUGCAGUGGCUCAUCUCGCAUAGUAAGUCGGGCAGCGCGCGCUAGUCGCCGGCCAGUCGGUCCGCAGUCGGCACCGGUCGGCACCAGUCGGCACCAGUCGGCUCCAGUCGGGCUACCGUCGGGCGACAGUCGUUCCGCUCGUCUCCCGCUGGAUGCGGACUCCUCGCCCGCGAUCAACGACGAUUUUUCAAAUACGAUUUCGAAACGGAUUCCGCAUUCCGCGCGAGAUAUUUCUUUGGUAGCUAGUUUAAAGAUAUAGUCCGUUGAAUAGAUUACUCGUUUUAUAAAUGAAAUCUUAAAGUUGCAUUCGCGUUCGACAUCCAUCAGACCGUGAUCUAACGUCGCCUUAUCGAGUGUGGGUGGGCUUCGGCUCCUUCUUGUAAUGCGUAAACUGCUAUUGUAAAUGACAUUAGUUCAUCAAAAUACGUAUCAAAGUAGAAGUGCACGCUAACAAGGACCUUUCUCGACCACAGCUUUUAAUCUUUGAUAUGUGUCUUGGCGUACAUUUCUUCUCGUUGAAUUACAAUAAGACUAUGGUUUAAUGUCUGUCAACAUUUUUGUUCAAUGUAUGCUCAAAUUAAUAAUAUAAUAUUAUCUCGAAUAGCGUAAUCAUUUUGUUUAUUCGCAUAUUAGAACCGAAAUUCGCCACUAUUUCAAAAUGGCGUCAGGACCUAAAACGUGUCUUAGUCUGUGUAAUUCGAUGAGAAAGAAUUAAACUCUUAGGUCAUAAAUUUAAUUAGCUUGAGUCGACGAACUCUCUGAAUUAUGUGACAUUAUUUUGUAUUCAUUGAAACUGGCAGUUUUUUUUGGUGCCAAGUUUGGUAAGCGCUUCAUUCGACUUAUAUUAACGUUAUGAGAACGCAAAGUAUUGCCACAUUCAAAUAAAAUACUAUCCAAAGUAUAUAGCGGCUGUUAGUGAAUAAUUUUAGAGAUAAAUAGUCGAUAACAAAGUCCACACAACUUUGUUUACAAGAUUUUUUUAUUUAAUUAUCGUAAAAUUCAAUGCAACCAUCGGUAUAAUUUUAUUAUGAAUUAAUAUUGUACUUAUAUUUUUAUGUGGACUUGCAAUAUCAAUUAUAUAUCAGAACGUUUUAUAUCUAUCAGUCGCAAUAUUAAGGAUUUGUACGUAUUGUAAUAGAUUGUUUAGAUUCUCUGAUAAUAUUAGCAUAUAUACAUUAUAAAUAUACUUAUCUCAUAUUGUUAGCUAAAUAAUAAGUUAAUAUAAUAUAUAGUGUGAGACUAAUUUUGCUCCAUGAUAGCUGUAUAUAAAGUUGAAAAAAAAAACAAAAUUUUGUUAAUAUAGUUUAUUUGAUAGGUCGAUGUAUUCUUCUAAAAAAUGUUAUUUUUAUUAUAAAGCGACAUUAGAUUAGGGUUGCCAUCAGCCAGUUAUAAACCCCGUUAAUAACUUAAUAGUGCAACGGCUUACCCACAGCCGAGAGAUUAGACAGUUGGUUCCAUCCGGUACCUUAGGAACUCUUAAGAAAUAAACUAGUCUAAAUUAAAAAUUAUCCAAUUUAAACUUACCUCCAGAACCUUAAUUCUCCAAAUAUAUUAAAUUUUCGAAUUAAUCAGGUCGCCUUGUCGACAAUCCACGGCUUGGGAAAACUGCUAGCUUGGCAACCCUGUAUUAAGUUUACACAAAAUUCUUUAGUCACCAGAAUAAUUUAAUAUUCUUAAUCUGCACAUUGUGUUAUCUGAUGUAAAAUUUAUAAAUGUAGUUGCGUUUGUUCUAUACUAAGAACGUCAUCGAAGAUGAUCAGAAAAAAUGUAAAACACUUAUUAUAUAUUUUGGUUUUAACCGCGUCCAGACAUUUUUUUUUAUUAUUAUGUCUGAAGUUUCGACUGAGGUGAGUUUGUAUCGGGAUGAGUCAGCUGAGGUAAAAAAAAUAUAUAGGAUAAUCGCGGUUAACACCAAAGUAGGUACAUAAUAUGAUAUAAAUUUAAAAUACAUAUAUACCAAAUUGAUUCGUUUUCUUUAUUAAUAAUUCUUUAUAUAAAAGAGAGUCGUAGAUUUUUCAAUACUGACGAAAUAAAAUAAAAUACAAAAUUUUCAAAUAUAAAGUUUCUGUUGGUAUUGAAAUAUUUACAGAGUGUAAUGUUGAUUGUUAUAAUCGGAAUGAGUUGAAUUGUCUCCUGCACGUUUACCCGCCGCGCGGGUGUUGCUAGUGCUUCAAAUUUGUUAUAAUUUAGUUAUAAUUUCAGAAAGAUAUAAUUUAUGAUAUGGAAAUCUCAAGUAACAGAAAUUGUAUCAGGAAGACUAAAAUAACAUAUGAAGGAUUUAGAGAUUUUACUACUGAAUCUGAUAAAUCGUUUGAUGUUCUAAGUCAAUAAAUUCUUAUUUGAAGAAAAAAAAACAUAAUUGUAAAAUUAUACAUGCACAUAUUUUUCUCUAAUCUAUAUAACAAAUAUCCUAAUAAUGAAAACAUUUUUUAGGAAUUUGGGACAAUACAAAAAUUUAAAUCAAAAUAUCUCGCAUACAUAUUAUUUGCAGUUUUAAAAUUCAAAAUUUCUAGAAAAAAAGAGGCUGUGAGAUUCUAUUACACAAAAUGAAUUUAAUUUUAUGUUAUUUGAGAUAUCAAUAUUUAUAUUUGUAAAAGUAUGUUAGUCACUUGGCUGUAAUAUAUUCUUUUUUCUAUGACGAUGACACAAAUCAAUAUAGCGGUGAGAAGAUAAUAUUAAAUUAUGUUCAAA